AGGACAUCAAGAGAAGAUACACUUUAAUCCGAUCUAGCUACGAUGCCGGGGAUGAAAGGCCAAAUGGUAAUAGACAAUCCAUUCUUCUGAAUAUGUGUUAUGAGAUGAUAGAUUAUGCGGUUGAAUCUGAGAAGGACUUUGACGAUGCAAAGAAGAAGAUACAAGAGAUGACUGGAUUAUAUCGUCAGAACCAACGACCCUUAUCUAGCGGCCAAACAGUUUCGGAACCUGGGGUUACAAUACUAGAUGGGGCUGUAGUUGGUAGCUCACAACAAGUCAAGAGUCCACUUGUUGUCAGAGGAAAAGGAAGACCUCCGUCUCUUAGACGAGCAUCCAGGAUGGAGACAGAAAUGCGGAAGGUUAAAGCCAAACAGAAGAAAGCACAAGUGGUUCAAAAACGCAAACAGCGAGAUGAAGGAGAUACAGUACCUAUGGGCACAAAACGGAGUUUAUUUGGGCCAUCAGAAGCAGAUGCAUAUUCCAACCACGGACAAUUUACGGUUAUGGACAGUAGUGGGACCACGCAAAGUGUUCAGUCGUGGUAUUUUGGUAGUCAAGGAAGUAAUCCUCCUAUGGUUGGUAGUCAAGGAAGUGUUCAUCAUAUGGUUGGUAGUCAAGAAAGUGUUCAUCCUAUGGUUGGUAGUCAAGAAAGUGUUCAUCAUAUGGUUGGUAGUCAAGAAAGUGUAAGAUCUCUCACUUAUCUAGGCCAUUUUAGUAAUAUUAUUUAUUAUUUGAUCAAGAUUUGUUUAUUUGGAUGGAAAUAGAUUUUUUAUGAUUGGAUGACACACAACCAAAGCGGCCUGGGUGGAGAUGGGUCAAACGCAUGGAUGUAAUGCGUUUGUAUAUUUCAUGUGACUUGGUGUAUUUACAAGGAGGAGGCUGAUGCAUUUUUUGUACACCACAUGAUGUGGUCUAUUUUGCUUUUCCCUCUGAAUUAUUUGGGCAGCUUGCCAGUUAUUUGUAGAUGAGAUCCUAUUUUGUAUAUUCUCUCUGAGAAUUUAAGUGGAUAAAAGGAGGAAGUGGCUGA